AUGAGCCACAACUCUCAGCAAACGAUGUUCAGUAGCAACAACCCCUUUUCCUUGCUUGACGUUGAUGACGGUCCGGAAUCUACCGAUUAUCCGGUAAUAGAGGCUCGUAAGAUUAUGAGCGAUGAAGAACAGAGGACUGCCGGAACUGUCCUCGUUCCUUGGGCUGGGUACGCAGCGUACGGACAAAUGAUUCGAACGCUUAGCCAAAUCUGGGCUCAAUCUGGAGAAGCCGUGUCUGCUUUCGUUGAGAAUAUCUUCGAGUCAGAGUACUUGGGUAAUGGCUUGAAAGCUUUUGAAGGUCUCCCUGCCUGGGCCGUUCCGCUUCCCGAGGACUUCGACGAGGAGAAGCAUGUUGGCUGGGCGACUCAUAAGUAUGUUCUAGCGAGGCGACUUCACGUCUGCGUUGAAAUCGACCCAUCGCCUAAGCAGGCCUGGCUCAAGCCCGUUCUGGAUACUACCAUGGAGAACUGGAUUCGCGACCCUAAGAAGCGUCUUUACGGCGUCAACAAAUUGUGGGAAGCAUAUGACUUCUUCUGCUACUGGGCUCUGGAAGUGGCCAGAACCGGGAUAACAUGUCCCCUUCUCUUUUCUCUGGAUAAUUAUACCCAAGACCAUAUCCGCAAGCUUCGCCUCUCUGUGAGCGAACGGGCGAAGCUCUACGAGGAAUGUGUAGGCACCCAUGUGACUGGCACGGACGAAGGUUGGGUCAUGUACAAAGGCAAGGGCAAGGAGACCACGACCACCAACGUGAAACCUGCUUUUAAGGAUGGCAAACCAAAUAACGGAGACGAAGACGCCCGCUCUAGCAGUGUGGCUACCGAACCGUAUGGCUCGAAGUGGCAUGGGCACAAAUCCUCCAAUCCUCCUAUCAGACACCAACCCGGCUCAACCUCAACCGUGCCAUCCAUCCCCACACCACGCCAACAAUUCAGCUUCACACGCCCACGUGCCGAGCAAAGCAAUAGUAUCUCGCCUCCACCAGCGCCCUCCAGCACCCCACAAGAAAAGCCCUUCAAACCAGGCCGCACGGAGCCGAAGACGCCCGAAGACGCCAUCGCGCAGAUGGCCGAAGCAACACGCACCGGGGUCAGGGCCAACUCCUUCAAAGCCUGGUCGCACUUCUUCGAGACGCAGCUCGCGCGGCACGACGAGCUAUCCCGGGGCUCCGCGGCGUGGCCAACCAUCGACCUGACGUUCCAGCGCUUCCUGCAGGAGCUGUGCGUGCGGUUCCCGCCGGCGGACGAAGGACGCGCCGCGGAGCUGCAACAGUGGGCUCGCGCUGCUAGCAAGCGAGUCGAGGACUACAAGGCUGAGCGGGCGAAAUACGCUCGUGCCGAUGCUAUGCUCGAUAGGGUCAUGGGACUCGCGGCUGAUUUGAAGGAGUAA